GUGUUUUUUUAUUUUUAUUUUCAGGCACGUCCAGCCAUGCUAGAAGACAAAGGUCACCGAGUGACUGACUACUUCGUGGUGGCCGGGCUGACUGAGAAGUCCACCCCUCUGGAACAAGAUCUCUCGGAGACGAAGUCCAGUGGGCCCAAGGCACCCAUCACUGACCUCGCAGUCAUCAUCAAGUCAGCCGGGGAAACUGUGCCCGAGGGCUUCACCUGCAUUGAGACCACCUACACGGGGCAGCCUGCCAACCUCAACCAUGGCAGCAUCAAGAGCCCCGAGCUCUUCCUGUGCUACAAGAGGGGACGAGAGAAACCCCCGCUCAUUGACAUCGGGGUGCUGUAUGAGGGCAAGGAGAGGCUGAUCCAGGGCUGUGAGGUCAUCCAGGCCACGCCCUACGGCCGCUGCGCCAACGUCAACAACAGCUCGGCCACCUCCCAGCGCAUCUUCGUCACCUACCGCCGCGCCCCGCUGGUGCAGCCCCAGAACUCGCUGGCCGUCACGGACAUCUGCGUGAUCAUCACCAGCAAGGGGGAGACCGCGCCGCACACCUUCUGUAAGGUCGACAAGAACCUCAACGGUGGCAUGUGGGGCUCCAAUGUCUACGUGUGUUACAAGAAAUCAGUCUCUGCAUCCAAUUCAAUAGCUUACAAAGCAGGACUGAUCUUCAGGUACCCACAGGACGACUAUGAGUCAUUUCCGCUGUCGGAGUCAGUGCCUUUGUUUUGCCUUCCCAUGGGAGCCACUGUGGAGUGCUGGGCACCCAAUACCCGCUACCCGCUGCCUGUUUUCUCAACUUUCGUGUUAACAGUAUCUUCUGGGGAAAAGGUGUACGGUGCAGCUAUCCAGUUUUAUGAGCCUUAUCCUGUGGAGCUGCUGACGGACAAGCAAAAGAUGCAACUGGGCCUCCUCAGCACCGUGGAGAAGAAGAUGAUCCCCAACAAGCUGGUCAACACCAAUAAGUGCAUCUGCCUGCUCUCUCACUGGCCCUUCUUCGAGUCCUUCCGCAAGUUCCUCAUGUUCCUCUACAAGCUCUCCGUCUCCGGGCCUCACCCUCUGCCUCUCGAGAAGCACAUCUCCCACUUUAUGCACAGUGUGCCAUUCCCUUCACCUCAGAGACCUAGAAUCCUAGUUCAGCUCUCAGCACACGAUACCUUGAUGCUUUCACAGCCUGUUUGCACACCUUUACCACUAAGCGGCGCGGACUUCAGCACUUUGCUGAUGAACCUCGGCCCCGAGAACUGCGCCACCCUGCUGCUGUUCGUCCUGCUGGAGAGCAAGAUCCUGCUGCACUCGCUGAGGCCGGCGGUGCUGACGGGGGUGGCCGAAGCGGUGGUGGCUAUGAUUUUCCCUUUCCAGUGGCAGUGCCCCUACAUCCCUCUCUGCCCACUCUCUCUGGCAGGAGUCCUUAGUGCCCCCUGCCCCUUCAUCAUAGGAGUAGAUUCCCGAUACUUCGACCUGUACGAUCCGCCUCCUGAUGUCGUCUGUGUAGAUCUGGACACCAAUACCAUCUACCUAUCUGAUGACAAGAAACAUUAUAACUGGAAACAUCUUCCAAAGAAGCCCAGCAAAAGCCUUCUGAGCUCCCUAAGCAGCCUACAUCAUCAGCUGGCGUUAGUCCACAGGACUGGGCAGGAGAGCUCGGCGGUGGAGAUGACUCCCAUUGAGGCGGACUUCACCUGGCACAAGAAGAUGACAGGACUGGAGAUGGAGAUUCAGGAGGCCUUCCUGCGAUUCAUGGCCUCCAUCCUUAAGGGUUACCGGACGUAUCUGAAGCCCAUCAUCCAAGCGCCGUCCGAGAAGGCCACUGCUGCUGACUCUCUGUAUGAUCUGCAAGGUUUCCUGAAAAGCCGAGAUCGAGCCCACCAGAAGUUCUACUCCCAGCUGACUAAAACACAAAUUUUCAUUCGGUUCAUCGAGGAGUGCACCUUCGUCAGUGACAAAGACACUGGCUUGGCGUUUUUUGACGAGUGCAUUGAAAAGCUUUUUCCCUCAGAUAAAGGGACUGACAAAGGUGCAAAGGUGGAAGUCGAAUCCUCAGAGGACACCAGGCUGAUAGAGCUGGAUGAGUCGCAGAAAAGCGAGCACACAGUCUUUGUCAUGCCACCCGAGCCUGCAGCAGAGGAUGGCCCUGAUCCACCUGCCAAGUACAGCUAUAAGAAUUUCCCUCGGCUGAAGCUGGAGCUCUUUGACCAACCCCAAGAGCUGAAACCCUCCCUGAAUAGAAGGGCAGCCAGUGGCAGUGUAUCCAACAGUCCUGCUCUCUUGGCCAGGAGGACUAAGCAGGAGAUAAAAUCUGCCUACAAGAUGGCCAAGCGGUUUUAUUCCAACCCUCCGCUGUGGGCAAAGUGCCUGUUCAGUCACUGCUACAGCCUGUGGUUCAUCUGCUUGCCAGCCCACGUGAGAGUCUCCCACUCCAAGUUCAGCGCCAUGCAGCAGGCCUACGACGUCCUCAUCAAGAUGAGGAGCACCGAGGUGGAGGUUCUUGACGAGGUGUGCUACCGGGUGGUGAUGCAGCUGUGCGGCAUCUGGAACCUGCCUGUCCUGGCAGUACGACUUCACUUCGAGAUGAAGAAUGCUGGAGUGCAGCCCAACGCCAUCACCUACGGCUACUACAACAAGGCUGUUCUGGAGAGUAAAUGGCCCGACCACAACAGGGGCAGCAACUUCAUGUGGACUAAGCUGCGCAACGUGUUGCGGGGAAUGGCCCAGUUCAAACAGGCUCUCCGCAGGACAGCUCAGUCCAGGGUCACUGCAGCCGCGGCGAGUCCUGGCGGCGCGAGUGACGGGGACAGGAUCAGCCACGGCAGUGAGGACAGCUCCAACGACGCCAACGGCGGGGAGCACACCCUGUUCGCCAGGAGCCUUGUCGUCGGGCACGAGAUGGACAAUCACUGCAGCGCAGGUGGUCAGUCGGACCAGGGUUACGGGUCGAAGGACGAACUGAGACCAGAAGUCUCAGUCCCGACGACUGCUCCUCUCCCAGAUGCUGACCAGCCUAGCAUAACCAAAGCGAAACAAAACGGUGAGGACGUUGCUGAUUCCCAGAUCCCCUCAGCGGCCACAGCCAGUCCCCCAAGCCCUGUGGAUCUGCCGACCUCGGGCCACAGUAUCGUGAAGCUGUCAACUGGGAGCCUGGACAGCAGUGCCGGCAGAGGGAGCACUGCCAGUGCCGCUGGGCCGCUCUUCUCCUCCCAGAGCGUGGGAGAGGACGUGGUCUUCGCAGAGGAGGGCCACUCUCUCCCACCACGUAGCCCGGGCGAAACGGGGGCCAAGCAGCACCUUCAGCGUCAGAAGACGUUCUCCGAGCGGAGCUGCAGCUUCAGCGCAGAGAGCCGGGCGGGCAUGCUGCUCAAAAAGGGGAGCCUGGAAAUGAACGUCGACGAGAUCGCCAUACAGAUGGGAGCAGAUGCCAAAAUCCUGGCUGCUGCCUUUUCUGGAAUCAAAGCCCCAUCAUCGGACAGUUCAUCUGUCCAGGGGAUGGAGGAUGGGCAGCAGGAGCAACAGGAUUCUGUAGAGAAGCUUUCAGUGGAGAGCAGUGUUUCCCCGGUGCUCCCAGAUCUUACCGAGGACAAUGCCUCUGAAGGGGCAGCGUGUGAUAGGUCAGCCCUCUCUGGGAAGGGACCAGAAGUGGUUCUGAGGGGGGAAUCUAUAGAGAGGGACUCCACUAAGAGGGGCAGUUUAUACUCCAAGGCAGUAGAGAGGGAGGAUGUGGAGGUGGGAGCUGACCCCUUGUCUCUGCUAGCUUCUGAGAGCCCAGACACUAUCUCGGUUCAAAGUGACGAGAGGGCUGUCCCCCUGGUGGUGUCCAGGAACCUGGCUGAUGAGAUUGAGAUGUACAUGAACCUCAAAAGCCCUCUGGGCACAAAGUCCUCCAGCAUGGAGCUACACCAGGGCGAAGCAAAGGAGGAAGUAGCUCAGUCCGGGUCGGGCAAGGCCCCCGAGCGCAGGUGCAGCCUGCCUUCUGCCGCUGUGGAGCAACCCAGCUCUGCCACUGACCCUCUAAAGCCUAGCCACUCUGUGGCCAGGUCCAAGACCUUCUCCGCAAAGCUCAAGAGCUCCAGUCAGGCCCAGAAUCAGCUUUCGUCCUCCCUCACUGCCCUGGUGCGCUCCUCCCCGCACGGCUCUCUAGGAUCUGUCAUCAACACCAUCUCCGGCAUCAAGAUGGACACUCUGCUCUCUGGCCCCAAGAUGGACGUGCUCAAGUCGGGCAUGAAGCAGGCUGCCAAUGUUGCCAGCAAAGUGUGGGGGGCUGUGGCUUCAGCCUACUCCUACUCAGACGAUGAGCAGGAAGACCAUUUCCAAGAGGAAGGCAGUUUCCCGGCAGGGUUGGAGGAACACCUCCUGUCCGGAAGCGAGGCAAAUGGUCCUGCCCCCAAGGGGGCGAUUCCUGGCCUGGCCUCCAACGGGCUCACGCAGAGCAGCACCAGCCUGGGCAGCAGCAGCAGCAGCGACACGGGGAGACUCCAUCAUCCUGCCUGCGCGGCGCCGCGGUGUGCGAGAGGCCCCGAGUCGGAGAAGUCCGAGCAGAGCUCGCAUCACGCCAGCACCUCCAGCAUCUGUCAGAACUGUGCGCUUGAGGUGCUGAUGUCCAGCUGCUCUCAGUGCCGCGCCUGCGAGGCUCUGGUGUACGAUGAGGAGAUCAUGGCUGGCUGGACAGCAGAUGACUCCAAUUUGAACACGACCUGCCCCUUCUGUCAAAGCACUUUCCUGCCUCUGCUUAACAUCGAGUUUAAGGACCUCAGAGGCACUGCAAGCUUCUUCCUGAAGCCCAGCUCUUCCGGAGACAGCAUACACAGCAACAGUGUCCCCAUGGCAACGGCUGGGGCUCCUGCUCCUGCUGGUGACCUCAUCAGCUUUGCAGACCCCCUAAACGAUGGUCCGCUGGGGGUCUCAGGACAGAAUGCUGCCGAACAGAACAGCGAGGGGACUCUCGGGGUCAGGACAGAGCCACUGGGGCUGAGCGACAGGCCGGCUGUCAAGCGAGGAACAUCUCUGACUCGCAGCAACAGUGUCGGGGGGCCGCUGCAGAGCAUGGACUUCUCCCAGCAUCCUUCCCACAGCGUCUCUACAGCCAGCCUUCCCAGCAGCCUGCAGGAGGUGUCGGACACGUUAGGUCACGAAAGGAGGCCGAACCCCUUGCCCGUGUCUGUUCCCUACCUCAGCCCCCUGGUGUUGCGCAAGGAAUUGGAGUCCCUGCUAGAAAACGAGGGAGACCAGGUCAUUUACACCCACAAGUUCCUGAACCAGCACCCCAUCAUCUUCUGGAACCUGGUGUGGUACUUCAGGAGACUGGAUCUGCCCAGCUUCCUGCCUGGCCUCAUCCUCACCUCAGAGCACUGUAACAACGGAGUGCAGCUCCCUGUGACCUCCCUGUCUCAGGAGAGCAAGCAGGUGUACGUGCAACUGCUGUGGGACAACAUCAACCUGCACCAGGAUCCCGAGGAGCCACUGUACCUGCGCUGGAGAAGUCUCUUGGAAAAGAAGGGCUCCUUGUCACCAGCGGACCAUCUGGAGAUCAGGACUCUGUUGAACACCAUUGUAAGAAACAUCCAGGUUAAUGAUGUUUAUGGGCCCAUCGGCCUCCUCCUGAGAGAGAUCAAGAAACGUCCGGAUAACAAACGCCAAAGGAGUAUUUACAGAGAGAUCCUCUUUCUAUCUCUGGUGUCUCUGGGGCGAGAGAAUAUUGAUAUAGAGGCUUUUGACCGUGAGUACAAGGUGGCCUAUGAUAAGCUCAGCCCUGAGCAGCUGAAAGCCCUGGACAGGAUCGAUGCUCCACCCAGCAACAGCGUCCAGUGGUGCCAGAAGUGCUUUGGGGCCCCAGUCAUCUGACAAGGUUGUGACUGGACCUGAAGGAACUGAACCACUAGAGCAACAUCGGCCUGGCGCUGACCAGUGCAGGGCAAUGGCGGAGCCCCUACCCUCUCAGGGCAGGUGGAGGGAGAUAAUACUUGUUGAAUUAUUUUGAAAAGUCUGGAACAUCACCCAAAGAUAGACAAAGAUGGUACUUUUUUAGUGAAACCUUUUGCUUCUGCCUCAUUACAAUAUACGUCAUCAUCAACCUAGACUUGAAACCGUUCUUUUGUUGGUCCUACAGAAAAAAAAAUUCUGUUGUAAAAAUGUCAUAAAUCAUGCUUUUCUAGUUGCCCUGUGCUUCUAGAUGUAUUACCGUAUAGAAUAAAAUCUCUUUGAAGAAAUAACUUUUUCUUUAGUAAUAAACUCAAAAGCAUGUGUUUUCACCUCCCAAGCAAAUCAUCAAAGGACAACAGGUAGAUGAAUCUUUAACUAAAAAAAAUCCAGCACAUUCUUUUCCAGCAUGGGAUUAUAACUGGGUUAGAGUGAGUUUUUCCUUGAUUUCCUUGCUUUUUGAGGAGCCUCCUGGUAGUGUGCACAUUCUCUAAAAUACAUGUGAAGAGUCACAAUGGCUGUACCUCUAACUCCUGACCAAGAUAUCACUGAAGCUUCACGUCCCUAAACUCGCGAUGGACCUUACGCAAUUAGAAAUAAUAAGAAAGCAAGGCCUGAAAAAAAUAUUUUGCACUUUCAUGUGAAUGGCUGUUUGGUGGUUUUCCAUUGGCGUCGAAUGGUUUUUGUAUUUUUUUUUUUAUUGACAACGAAUCUGAACCAGGGUUGCCUUUUCAAUGAGAGCUCUCGCCUUCUCCCUUCUAGUUGUGUAUAAGAUUCAGUCUUAAGAAAGUGACCUCUCUGCAGUGUUCACUGCACCUUCAGUUUUCUAUUACUUGAUUGAGGGAGAGGGACCGGAGAUAUUUUUAUACUGUUGUAUAUAGUGUAGUGGACACUCAAGUAGAAUGGGGAUUGGAGUUGAGUAGACUGUUAAGUUAACAAAUACUGACUGUACCUGUAGACAAUCAGUCUGAUUUGUAAGAACAUUCCAGCUCAAGUUCGUGUUGUGCAUUACCUGUCUCGGCACUGCUUGCCUACAGUACGUGUUACAGACAGUUUGUCAAUGAGAUAAUCUGACCUUAUUGUCUGAUCACUGUGAGCGUUAGGGCCGUUUUUACCAAGGGCAGAGGCGAACCUUAAGGGAAACAAUUAAAUAGAAAAACUACUGAAAAAAAUCAGUUCUCUUCUACAAGUAUUGUACCUCCAAUCGGGCUUUUUGCUGUACAAUUCCUGUCUGAAAUUGCACCCUUUCCCUUGAACACAUUAAUAACGAGACCAACAGGAAGAAUUUUUUUCUUACCCAACUGCAGCUGCAAGCUUUAGUUUUGAAGAAUGCAGCUUGGUCACUUUUCUGAGGGUUCGAUGAACUGUGUAAUUGAAAAUCAAAUCAUAUCGAUUUUAAACUGCAAAUCAAAUGGUUUUCAUGACAAAAAAAAAAAAAAGUGCUUUUGGUAAACUAGAUGAGGAGCUGCCACUCCUGGCCCUUGAAGGGCGGCAAACUUCAAGGUUUUUGUUUCGGCAAAGUUCUCAGUGACACAACUGAGCCCUUAACUGACUUCAUAAUAGAAUGAAUUUGAGCUGUUUGCAGCUUUUCAGCAUGUUGGAGGUUGCCUUUUAACUAUCGCAUUUCAUGAAUAAAAUAAACUUCCAAAUGUUUGAUUAAAAAAAAAACCUCUAGAUUAUUCCAAUCAGUCGACUUGUUAGUUCAAGCAAGGCUUCAGUUGGGUAAUGAGGCUCAGCUGGAAGGAAAGCCAGCAGCUGUAUGGGCCUCCAGACUCCAGAACUGGGAGCCUUUGCUCUAGAGAUCAUAUGAGCUCCUCCUUGCUUGAAGGAGUUUUUUUUAUACAUUGCAUUUAUAGACAAUGAGAAAUUCCCCCUUUAAAAGCUUUUGACACCAGUGUGAUCCUAACCAGUCCACGUGUUGGUUUUGGGGACAGUCUAGCCUUUGGAAUAGAAACGCAUUGCGGUAAUGUGUAACUUUUUUUCACUAUUUUGAUUUUUGUUGGAUUGCCAGAAAACCUAAUAGAUGUUAUCAUGAGCUGAGAUCUCUUCAGCACCUUCACAUUUUAACCUAGAAGGGGUUUCUGCUGUAGUUUGUGAGCUUGGCAAGUCAUGUCCUGGAGUGGCUGUAAACUGGCGUGAGAUCAGAUCUCCCUCAAGGACAUUUCUAAAAAGUGUCUAUUUUCCUCUCAAGAUAUGCUUGUAUGUGUGUGUGUAUGUAAAGAGGAAAUUAGAGAGUAAUGAGACAGAAAGCUGGCUUCUUGAAGCAAGACAAAAUUCAAGGUGUUUCUGUUCAUGCUAGACUGUCCAAACAUUAAUCAUGUGAUCAAGUUGAGUACCAUUACAUCUUUAAAAGCUGUUUUAGGGAUACUCAAACUAUCCCCUCAUGACACUCACUUCGGGUGUAUUAAUGUAGUUAACCAUUCUUAGAAACAGGAAAAGCGUGAACGAUCGAUUUUAUUUGUUGUUGAGAAUAUUGUUAUUAAAAUUGUCAAAUUGCACUGCUCUGCUUGGAUUUGUACAUAAAAAUGCCCAUGCAGGGCUGGUUUUACUUUUGAAACAUCAUGAUAUCAAGUGAUUCCAGCACAUAUUAAAUUGUAUAUUUUAUCUUUUCUUUCACUUAGAGAUGAUGCGCUCUUUAGAAUUUGUAUAGUGGAGCUGCGCCCUUUUCAGAAAAUGUUUAGUGUAUCCUUCCAAGUCCUGUCUAGUGUACGUGAAUUUGUCUAUACAGAACUGAAAUGCAAUAAAUCAGCGUUCUGGUUUAACACA